AUGGAAAGAGUCUGCAAGAGAAAGAGUGGCCCGAAACUGACGCGAACAAACUUUGAGCUUGGUUCAAGGCCCGUGGUCAAUGGACCGGUUCGUCAGGGGUGGCCAUAUAUAGGGCAGAUUGGGCUAAAACGGAUCAGGCCCAAAUUGCCAUUCCUAUCCCGACAGGAAACAGACAUAACUAAAGUUUACAGGCUUCAACCCAAUAAGUCCACUUACAUCAAGUUCCGACCUAUCUUUAUCUCCAGACCUAAGAUUACAGGUUUUGUUGCAGGUCGGAGAUCUGCGUUUGGUCAGUCCAAACUCCAAAGAUUGUUGCUCGCUUUGAUGGCUGGCAGGCGUCUCAACCUUGAUUCCAACUUCGGAAUUAAAAAGAUGGAUUACUCGAAAUUCUCCAUUGAGGAAUUACCACAUCACAGAAUAUCCUAA